AUGUCCACCAGUAAUCUGCCACCCCUGCGAAACCUGCCCAGCUGGACUAGGGUUCGAGAUCUGGAGCGGGUGAGAUACCCCAGACAUCUGUCCAGGGACUGUAUGGUCAGAUCUCCACCUGUGGACAUCAAGAGCCCACAAGCAGCUGCUCAGCCCAGGACAGAUGCACACAGCACACGCAUCGCAUCUCUGGAGAAAGAUGUUCUGUUCCUCCAACAACAGCAUAAAGACACGCUGGAGAGACUGCGUGCAGAAAUGGAAGAUCUGAAGCGUGUUAAUAAAGAAUUACAGUAUCAGCUGAUUAUGGAACAUGAACAUUCUCCAAAAGAGUCCAUAUGGUCCAGCAGUAAUUCUUCAAAAUCCAGCAGCGACGGUUCAGCCGAGAAGAAUUCCCAGUGUGGAUUCAUCAGCUCAGAGGAGGCGUCCGAGGCAGGAGGAGGAAGUGCUCUGCUGCCUCUCAGGAUCACCUGCAGCCCGUCCCAGGAGCCCCGCAUCCCGACGCUGAAGGAGUGCAAGCUCAUCAUCCGGCAGCUCUAUCACGCCAACACCACGCAGUAUCAGGAGCUGCUGCGGAUCAAGACGGUCCUCAGAGAAAUCACCUCCAAAAACAGAUGAAGUUUCUCUCUCGCAAGAGCCUCGUUCUGUGACAACAGCAGGGGUGAAGUUUUCGGGCAUUUUCCACAACUACCUCUCAAACCACUGCCAAAGAAACAGAUCCCGAGUCACGCCGGUAAAGGAGAAACUGUGCAUCUCCCAGCCAUCAAACACGGUCGGAGCAGCACUAUGUCAGAGCGGCAGAGGAGAGCGCAGGACGUGCACAGACUGCGUCUCAGGAGAGCGGUGAACUCUUAA